CGCGCUGUGAUUGGCUGACGGAUCCGUCAGUCACGGUGUCCUUACCGCCCCGUUUGAGAAGGAGCGCACUCUUCGUUUGUUGAUGUCACUCCAGCGUUGAUUUGACUUGAUUUCACAGUGUAAGUCGUCCGUGCUGUUGGAGGUGGUGUGUUUCGGCUGCCUGAUGCUUGGACCCGGGACCGGGCAGCGGAGACGGGCCAUCGGUGCAAACAUGACUGUAGAGUAACGCACGACGUUACUUUCUCCGCUCAGUAUGAACAGCGAGGAAGAGUUUUACGACGCGGAGACGGGGCUGGAAUCCGAUGACUCCUGUGAGGUCAGCUUCAAAGAUGUGACUGACGGCAGCGACGAGCAGGAGAACGGAGUCCGGAGGCGCCGUACAUUGUAUAAUCAAUACCCGGUCACAGGCUUAAAAACAAAAUCCUAUAUGGUCCUAAUGUGUACCAGGAAAACCCUGCCUGCUGAAAUGAUCUCCAGAAACAAUUUCAGUGUGUGGAGUAUACUGAAGAAAUGCAUCGGCAUGGAACUGUCUAAAAUAGCGAUGCCGGUUGUGUUUAACGAGCCGCUGAGCUUCCUUCAGAGGAUCUCGGAGUACAUGGAGCACACUCACCUCAUCCACAAAGCCUGCAGUUUGUCUGACUCAAUAGAACGAAUGCAGGUCGUUGCCGCGUUUGCUGUUUCGGCUGUAGCAUCUCAAUGGGAAAGGACUGGAAAGCCAUUUAAUCCAUUACUAGGGGAGACAUAUGAACUCACAAGAGAGGACGAGGGAUACAGAUUGAUUUCGGAGCAGGUGAGCCACCACCCCCCCGUCAGUGCCUUCCACGCCCAGUCCCUGAAGCAAGAGUUUGAAUUUCACGGCUCAAUUUACCCAAAACUCAAGUUCUGGGGCAAAAGUGUGGAGGCCGAGCCCAAAGGCACCAUGACGCUGGAGCUACUGAAACAUAAAGAAGUGUACACAUGGACAAACCCGAUGUGUUGUGUGCAUAACAUCAUACUGGGAAAACUCUGGAUUGAACAAUAUGGAACAGUGGAGAUAGUCAACCACAGCACUAGGGAUAAGUGUGUGUUGAACUUCAAACCGUGUGGAAUGUUUGGGAAAGAGCUGCACAGGGUCGAGGGUCAUAUCCAAGACCGAAGUAAGAAGAAGCACAAAGUGAUUUAUGGAAAGUGGACAGAGUGCAUGUACAGCGUGGACGCCAAGGUUCACGAAGCAUACAAGAAGUCUGAAAAGAAGGCGGGCGCUGACUCAAAAAAGCCGAAACAGGAACAUGGUUGUGAAUCUGAGGAGGCAGAUGAGAUGCCAGAAGCUCAAGAGACCGUGACAGUGAUACCAGGAAGUGCCUUACUGUGGAGGAUAACGCCGCGGCCUGCUAAUUCAGCACAGAUGUAUAACUUCACCAGCUUUGCCAUGACACUAAACGAACUGGAGCCCGACAUGGAGAGGCUUCUGGCCCCCACAGACUGCCGGCUAAGGCCCGACAUCAGGGCCAUGGAGAACGGAGACAUGGACUUAUCGAGUACAGAGAAGGAGCGUUUAGAGGACAAACAACGGGCCUCGCGCAGGGAACGCUCCGAGGAGGAGGAGGAGUGGUCAACCAGGUGGUUUCAGCUGGGAGCAAACCCUCAUACUGGAGCGGAGGAUUGGCUGUACACUGGUGGAUAUUUUGACAGGAAUUACACUGACUGUCCCAACAUUUAUUGACGCAGGAGCAGGUGUUCAGUUCGAAGAGCUCCAGUCGUUUGUGUCUUUGUGAUGUCCGGACGCUCACAGGUACUGUGUCUUUGUUUGGAUCCAUUAAAAGCUGAUAUCAAAAUCAGAUCAGUACGGACCACAGCAGAGUUUUAGGGUUUUUAGACUUUACUUACUGUAAAUGUUGGCAUCUUUUAUGAGCCCUAAUCAUGACAAUAAUAGUCCACAUGUAUGUUUCUGGCCUGUGUGGGUUGGUAAACCGGUCACCCGUUUAUGUGCGUGUUACAUGCGUGUUGAUGAUGAUGAUGCUGCAGGACACAGAACUCCCGAGAGGAUAUUUUCAACUUUUGAGUUUGAGUUUAGGGACUCAACCGCAAUCUUACCUGUAGACGUAACAAACACUUUUUGUCCGCUGCAUUCAGAUAUCAGGGGUUAUUUAAACACAACUGCUAUUUAAAAAAAAAUGUAUAUAUAACCUAUUUGUGCAUUUUAGUUAACUGUAAAAAGGCAGAUGUGACCGGUUUUCUGUGAAUAGAGACAGUAGAGACAGUAGAGAUGAAAGCUGCUUUUAACCACGUUUACCGUCCCAGUAAACGUAUUGUUGGUACAUUAUGUUGUUCACUGUAACAAAGAUGCUGUGUAUAAUGAUUGGUGCAUGUAUGUUCACCAAAAUGAUUAUUUACACAACGUUAAAGCCAUAAAAACGUAGUUCUGCACUAGGUAUAAAACUGUAAAUGGAUUCACAUAAAAUGUUAAAGCAAAAGGUUACAGAGCGUUUUUAGUUUACAGCAGGAUGUUUUCAAAGUCGGACACCACAAGAAACCUCAUCUUUGCAUAUUCUGAAGCACAAAUGUGAAUAAAAAGUUAAUAACGUAUUUUUAAACCCUUAAUAUAAUUUGUUUUACUUAAGAAAAACUAAACUAAAGUAUAAAGGCGCCCUUGUCAGAUAGGUAGUUCUGUUUUUUUUGUUACGUUUUUCUAAAAGUUUGUAUUUGUUCAUUUUGGCACGUUAGAACUAAUUUUUUUUAUAAAUUUGCCGGAUUGGCUUAGCACUUCCUGUUGGAAAUGUGCCCGUAAGAUGUAUACACAACCCUCACUGGAUGACCGAUACCGAAGAAAAGAAACUGAAUGAUUCUCAGGAAAAUCCUGGAGUUAUGAAGAUGGUCUUUGAUUCUGAUGGGAUUCCUGAAAGGGACUUUUGGACAUGUAUUUAUUUGCAAGAUAUUAAUAUGCAAGUCACCACAAAUGUAAAAGGUGUAAUGUAUAUUUUGUGAUUUUCUGACACAUAUUUUCCCACCAUUGAAAGUUGUGUUUUUGGACUCUGCAGCCUUCAUAAACCUAUGCAAAAAGAUCCAGCCCGUCUGCCCUCCUGACAAAACUCCUUCAGCUUGUAGCCAAUCAACGCUUACAUGAUGGUUUAUAGUUUAUAGUCCUUUUGUAUUUCAAGUCACUAACAUGUGUACACUCAAUGUUCGACGCACAUAUUGUACAGUGAAGAUUUUUUCUACUUCCUUUCUUCCUCCGGCUUCCUUCAUCUUUACUCUGAAUUCAAAGCACUUUGUGACACCUGCAGACACUCUAAAGGUUUUUCUGAUCUCCCUCUUUUUACCAAUUAUUUUUGUCGUCAUGCAUCCAUUUAAAAAUGUUUACAUUGUAUGUUCGUUGAUCCACCCUUAGUAUUAUCCACAUGCAACCAUAUGGCAUAUUUGAGGAAUAAAUAAUGGACUACUGAAACAAACA